UGUGCGCUCUCUUGAGUAGCACAACAAACUCACCAUGCCUUGGACAAUGGGCAUCUUACUUUUCACAAUGUCUGUGACCAUGUUGAGUUCUUCUUUAAGAGCUGGUCCUGAGUCCUUUUUUGAAACAGGUACUCCAUAUGGAGCAGUCUCUGAAAACCCAAUCCGUUUGGGCAAACUUUUAAUUGGUGCUCAAGGUGUAGUAUCUGAUAAAGAAAUGGAAAAAUCUGGGCUUAGGUCAGCAGAACAGUCUCAUGAAUAUCGGUCAAAUGAAGAAGAGCGGUUCCGUCUUGCUAAAGCUAAGCUGCGACGUCUGGGUCCUUCUGUGCACUGUGGGAACGAUUCAAUGACCUUGCGCAUUCCAGGAUCAAGGACGCCACACUUUCUGGUUGAUCGAGGAAUUGAGUCACCAGUGCCUCUGUCUGAGAUGCCAGCCAGCUGUGGUUUCUCACUGAAGCGGGCACGCAGAGAUGUUUCUCUCGAUGCUCCAUACCAGGGCUGUCAUGUCAGACGACAGGGUGGACGUUAUAUUCUCCCACUCUUUAUAAUGGGGGCUCCAGUUCAAAUGUCUUGUCCUGUGAGUCCUCGCCUCCCUACAGUGUCCUGCACCCCUUCUGGCAUGAUUAUCUCACUUGGCGUCAGACCAGAUCAUGUUAAAGUUCAAGUUGAUGGAUCAUGGCAGCCUCUGCUUCUAGCAUAUUCUAAAUGCUCAUUCACAUUGGAGUCUGUUGAUGGUUCACUGGUUGUCACUGCGCCAUUUACAGGAAGCUGUUGGGACAUUAAGGAUACUGACAUGCAGCUCCCUUUGAUGUACGGUGACCGGCAAGUGACUCUUUCUUGUCCUGGGACACAACCAACGCUGGCCCCAACAACCGAUGAUCCGUUCCAGGACCCAAUUGGCAGUCAACAAAUGUUUUACCCUUUCCCGUUUGGAGGACAUGUGGGGUAUCCUCCAUAUUCUUAUGGUCGCCCUGGUGUACGACCUAUACCUCCCACUGUGCCACCUACAACCCCUGCUCCUCUUCAAGACCCUAACCAACAAAUGUUCCCUCAAAUGUAUCCCAUGUCAAUGUUUGAUCCAUAUUACUUUAAUUCUAGAGGUUUCCCAGCAGUACCACAGCGUCAACAGUCCAAGUACCCGAUGUUUCCUUCAUACAUGUACCACUUCAAGAGCCCAGUUAAAGCAACAACUACACCUUCCACGACCACUGCUGCCCAGUUAGACCAGGUCAUGGUACCACAGCGUCAACAGUCCAAGUACCCAAUGUUUCCUCCAUACAUGUACCACUUCAAGAGCCCAGUUAAAGCAACAACUACACCUUCCACGACCACUGCUGCCCAGUUAGACCAGUUCAUGGUACCACAGCAUCAACAGUCCAAGUACCCAAUGUUUCCUCCAUACAUGUACCACUUCAAGAGCCCAGUUAAAGCAACAACUACACCUUCCACGACCACUGCUGCCCAGUUAGACCAGUUCAUGGUACCACAGCAUCAACAGUCCAAGUACCCAAUGUUUCCUCCAUACAUGUACCACUUCAAGAGCCCAGUUAAAGCAACAACUACACCUUCCACGACCACUGCUGCCCAGUUAGACCAGUUCAUGGUACCACAGCAUCAACAGUCCAAGUACCCAAUGUUUCCUCCAUACAUGUACCCCUUCAAGAGCCCAGUAAAAGCAACAACUCCACCUACCCCGGCCACUGCUCCCCAGUUAGACCAGUUUGUAGGUUAUCCUCCACGGUACCCAAAGUUUUAUGGCCCUCAACCUUUUGUACAUCCUCAUGUUCAAUACCCAUUCAUGCCCAAGUAUCCUCAGGAUCCAGUCUUUCCUCCUCACAGCCCCAAACCGGUGUCUUCUCCUGCUUGGUCACAAUCUAGCUACUGGUCUCGCAAACAAUGAAUGAGAUGAGUAAUUGUGAAGUUAUCCUGAAGUGGCAAUUGAUACUGGAAGAGACUGACUUUUUCUCCUUUUA